GCAGAGCGGCUCGGGGGCGGCCGGAGGCAGGCAGCAGCCUGCCGUCCUCCGCGGAAGCCGAGGGGCGAGCCGAGCGGUGCCGGCCGUCGGUGCCUCUCCGCCGGGAAGCUUCACCCACGGCUGGGGAGGGUCUGCAGCGGCGAAGGGGAAGGUCGGCGCACACCGUCGGGAUGGCGCGUACCAUGAGACCCGACGACAUCAACCCCCGGACGGGGCUGGUGGUGGCUCUGGUCAGCGUCUUCCUGGUGUUUGGCUUCAUGUUCACCGUGUCCGGCAUCAAGGGGGAGACUCUGGGGGACAUUCCACUGUUGGCCAUCGGGCCGGCCAUCUGCCUGCCAGGCAUUGCCGCCAUCGCCCUCACCAGAAAGACUGAUGGCUGCACCAAGUGGCCCAAGAACAAGUGUCCGUGCUGUAAGGAGAUCAGGGACCGGGACGUGAUGGAGCUGCUGAGAACUCCUUCAGACCUGGAGUCUGGCAAGGGAAGCUGUGACGAGCUGGCCAAGAAGGUGUACCAGAAGGACCGGAGAGUGUUGCGGGGUGAGGACUCGGUGUCCAUCUGCACCACCACCACCACUACCACCACAGGAGAGUGCAAGAGCCUCAUCAGAAAGGUGGACCAGGAAGAGAUGCUGAGGUACCUGGAGACCUGCUACCCGGAGAUGCCGGGGAAUGUGUUCGUGGGAGAUGGCUCCCCGUACAGUGCCUUAGAGAAGAAGAGCUCUUCUCCCAGCAGAGACAUUGCUGCUUGCCCAGACGUUGAAGACAACAUUUUUGUUGCUCCCAAAGACAGUAUCAUUGUCUGCUCUUACAAGGAGAACAGCCCUUACGAGAAAUACUGUUGUUACAUAAACCCUACUGGAGUCGCCUCGGACCAGGAGACCAUUGUGUGAACAGUGCAUACUUUAAAUAUAUGUAUGUAUCUAUACAAAAACUACAGCAACUUCUUGAUAGGGGAUAAUAUAGCUGACUGCACUGCAUGGGACAAUCCUGAUACUAUUACAGUUUAACCUGGUAUGUGACUGAUUCUCAAACCUUUUGUGCCUGAAAUACUUUCUGUAAGUAAAUAAGCAUGUUUAAAGGUUAAAGAAUUCAAUUUUUCAUUUUGGGGGGGAAAAAAAAAAAAAAAAAAGUCCAUGUCAGUUUUCCUUUCUGCUCUCCCCUUCCUUUCGUUUUUCUGCUUCUCAUUGUACACAGACCCACAGACACAGAGCAGGAGGUCAGCAGGGAUCAGGAGCUGAGCCAGGAUUCUGGAGCUGCCUGUAGGAGGGACGGGGGCCUCGAGAGGUCUUAGCAGUGGUGUUGCUUUGUGUGUGGGGGGGGGGAUGGAGAGAUGUCAGCAUGCCCUCGGACCACUGGCCGAUGUUGGGAAGCAUGGAAGCAGUUUGCCUCUUCUUCCUGGCAGAAUUUUAUUUUCCUGUUUCAAGAAACUGAUGUGCUAACUCUGUGGGCCCUUCUGAAAGUCUUCAGGAGCUACACGGGCUCAGGGGAGCUUUUGGAAGGAUAGUGCAUUACCCACUGCAUGAAAGGUACAGGUUUUAGCUCAAUUCCUUACUGUUACUGAGUUCACUUGAAUGUUACUAACACUUCUGGGUUUUGUAGGCUUACUUGACAAGGGGAUUGCACUGUGAUUGUGGCACAGUUCUUGCAGGGAAUAGGAGCAGAUGUCAGUGGAGUUGAGAUCUUAAAAAUAUAUUUCAGUAACUCGUAGGGAAUAGACUUACAUGGGUUUUGCUCAGAGCUGGAUCUGACUCUUCAGAUAAUGUCAUUUUUUUUAUGUGCCUUUUCGACCAUGCCAUGGCUGAUGAAUGAUCACAGUUCAUACAGGAGUGGAGGGAUCUGAGGACCUGGCUGACAAAUGGUUUUGUUAGCUGCAUAUGGAUAUAUAGCACAAGAAAUACAGGGUAAUAGAAUUAACCAUUCAAAACCUGUGGCUUACACACAGAAAUGCAAUUCCUGCCUGUUCUCUCCCACAGAAGAUUGCAUGUUCCAUGUAGUGUAUGAAAUUUUAUCUAGCAGCCAUGUGGAUACCACAGAGAUGUGAUGUUGUGUGAUAUGUAUUCUGAACAGCUACUCCAGGGGCUGAGCCUCUAGCUUCUAAAGCAUGGAGUCAUUUGCAAACAGCUCUCGGUGUCCUGGCUCCUGUAAUUCAUAACUGCUGCAAAAAGUUCCUCUGUGAUGGCAGUCCUUACAGUGCUCUCAUUCCAGCAAUUUUCAGUACGCUGUAACUUGCACCAGACAAAAAAAAUAAAAAAAAAUAAAAAAUAUUGAAUUAUCCAUGUAGGAGGUAAGAAAAGCAGCCUUUCUCUUGUCACACCCUGAGACAUUAUGUAGAAAGUGGCGAGGAAUUUCCCACUGAAAGAAGGUGUUUGUCAGCUUUGCUGACCGUGGAAGAGUUUGAAAAGUGGAGGGCAACUUUAUGCAUCCCCUCAUUUACUUGUUUGGAAACGUAUGCCUGGUUGUCACAGAAUAACAGUCUCUGAAGAGAUUUGGGUUUGGGAAGGGUUUCUUUCUGUCAGACCGAAAGGGAUGUUCAUGCUGAAGACAGGUGUUGGAUGAAUUAGGAGAAAUUAAGAAACAGUGCUGGCUGUUCCAAGCCUCUUCAUAGGUGGCUGCAGUACUGUGGGAAUAAAUCAGCGGUGGUACUCAGUACAAUCCAAGUGUCAUACGCCAAGCAAAGGAAUUUCACAGGAACAGACCUCUACCUGAACCGCUCAGCUCUCAUGUCCACAUAAAGCCCUCUGCCAUUGUCAGACAGGUCUCCUGCAGGCUCAGCCACCAUGGGGCCUUAUUCUGCAAUGUACAGAAGCAGCUCUUUGAUGGCACUGGGAAAUCUGAUUUCAUAACCUCCUGGAGUCAACAGCUGAACUGCUGCCGAGGUGCCUGGCGAGGAGCAGGGUUCUUCAUUGCACUCUGCUCCCAGGGGACAGAGAUGAGGGUUUGGGCAUGUGCCCAUGGGUGCCCCGCAUCCCUGAGGUCAGACCGCCUGAGUGCUGCCUCUGCCCAAGCUGUGAGCAACCUUCUGCCUUGCAUAAGGCAGCACAGCGCCAGCCUGCUGGGAACCUAGAUUUGUACAGUUCUGCAAAUAUAUUUAGGAAGAGGUCAAGUUUUUCCAUUUUGUCUAGGAUUAGAUGUUCCCUGUCAAAAGUUAUAAGGGGUUUUAAGAAGGCGAGGCGGCAAACUCGGGUGACAAAGAGAAUGGUAAAUACGUAACUUGAGAUACGCAGAUCUAAGGCAUGUACUUUAUUGCAUUCCUACCCUAAAACCUAGAGAGUAUUCUUAUUAAGGCAAAGUUUAAUGGCAGUGAAAUUUUCCCACGGUGUAGGAAGAGGCAUAAGAGCGUGCAUUUAGAACAAGGUAUUUCCAGGCAAUACCUUUCCUUCAUCAGAUUAACUCAGCUAAGAUUUUGCAGCAAAAUGUGACUGUAGGCAGUAUGUCCCAGCCAGUCCAUCAUAAUCCAUGAUAGGGUUUUUAUAAGCACCUGUAUUGCCUCUCACAUCUCUUUCUCUAUGACUUUCUUUUUCCAUUCCCUUCUGCUAGCUAAGCAGGGAAUGAAAUGGACAUUGAUGAGUCUGGCAAUUUAAAAAAUAUAAAUUUGGCCAUUUAAAAAUGAAGGUUUUUCUUUUUUCUUUUUUCUUUU